GACCGUUAUUGCAGUCCACCACCUGACCUUAUUAGGGGCUUGACCUGUCGCUCAUCUGAAGCACCGUAGAUACCUACUCCACCUGAUACUGCGCAUACCAGAGUACCUCGCUUGGGCGCCUCUUGACAACACUAGCUAAGAUGAACGAAGUCGAGGUCGAGCGGCAAAUUGAGCAGAUGGUGCGGUUCAUCAAGCAGGAGGCGGAGGAGAAGUCCAACGAGAUUAAGGUCUCGGCUGAGGAGGAGUUUAACCUGGAGAAGCUGCAGCUGCUGGAGCAGGAGAAGUCGAAGAUUCGGAAGGAGUAUGAGCGCAAAGAGGGCCAGGUUGAGGUGAAGAAGAAGAUCGAGUACUCCAAGCAGCUGAACGAGAUGCGCCUCAAGGUGCUGGCUGCUAAGGAGGCGGCGGUGCAGGACAUCAUCACUGACGCGAAAGCCCGUCUGCGUGAUGUGUCCAAAAACCCUUCCACCUACAAGAAGCUCCUUCAGGACCUGCUGGUGCAGGCCAUGCGCAAGCUGAAUGAGAAGAGCGCUAGCGUGCGCGUGCGGCAAGUGGACCUGCUGCUGGUCAAGGAGGUGGUGGAGCCGGCGCGCAAGGCGUACACGGCCAUGUUUGGCACGGAGGCACCCGCGCUCACCGUCGACCAAACCACCUUCCUUCCGCCUCCACCCACCGACGGCGACGAGGUGGAGUCCUGCUGCGGCGGCGUGGUGCUGAUCUCGGGCGACGGCCGCAUCAACUGCUCGAACACUCUGGACGACCGCCUGAAGAUUGCCUACCAGGCCAACCUGCCCGCCAUCCGCGCCAAGCUGUUCGGCGUGGUGGCGCAGGGCCAGCACUAAACUCGGACGGAGGAUGCCGCGCGUACGGGCCGCGGGGGAUCGUCUCGCUUACUGUAUCGUAGCAUGCGCUGGUAUGGAUGUGUAGUUGCGGCUGGAGAGUCGGGAGGGCGGGGCGUGGACUGCACGCCCGAAUGCUGGUGGGAAGGUUUGGUGCCUGCGCUGGUUGAGGGGAAACGCAGUGUACGGGAUAGGGGAUGGUUGUUGGUGGCCAAAUGCACCGACAAAACAAGGGAACCCCGGUGGCAGUUGCCAAACUGGAAUGCGAAAUGCGGCGGGUACGUUAAGCGUGCGAUAACGGCAUUUCUGGGGACUCUGAUGAUCUCCUUUGUAACUCGGGUUUCAU